AUGCAAAAAUCAACAGAUUCAUCUCAAAUUGUUGAAAAUCGAAUGGAAUCAUUUGUUGAAUCUAUGGAAAUGUUGUUACAUGAAGGACUUUCCCAAUUAUAUUUAGUUAAACAAAGCCCAGCAGAAUCUCUUUCAACAAUCACAGAAAUCUUCAGAACAAUACACCGUUCUCGUGAACCUUUAAGAUUAAUUAACGAUUUUGGUCCUCAAUUACACACAAUUCUGGGAAUGUAUGCAACAAAUAUGAAAUGUUUUGAGGCUGCCAAACUUCAAUUUAAAACUGCAAUAAAUAAAGGUGCAAAAGAAUUGGAAUUGUGGACACUAGCAAAUUUAGGAUUGGCAUUAGUCUAUUUAUAUACUUCCCGUGAUGCCGAUUUUUAUGAAUUGUAUGAUGCCAUUUCUCCUAUAAAGCUCCGUUCACAAGCCAAUUCUACAAAGUCUGCUGCUCUUUUGGUUCAAGGAUUUCAUUAUUUUCUUAAUUCAAAACAACAAGAAUCUAAGAAAUAUUUAAUGGAUUCAAUUGCAAUUUCAAAGGAAGAGGAUAUGGCUCGUCUUCAAAGCAUUGCUUUACUUUUACUUGCAAAAUUGCUUCGAUCAAAGUUUUUUAAGUUUAAUUUUUAAUUUGUUUUUUUAAAGAGAUGUAUUGAAUGCUGCAUGUGAAUGGGCUAAUAAAAGUGGAGAUAAUUUACUAAUACUUUGGGCUAAAUCAGAAACAAGCUUUUUUGAAGGAGGAAAUGAAAAACAGAUUGGAGUAAUUAAUGAAGUAAAACAGCAAAGAGAACAAUUAGAAAUUAAUAGAAAUGCUUGUAUUCAAACAAAUGCACAUAAAUUAAUGAUACAGGUUUUGAAAAAUAAAAAGUUAAAAGUUUUGAUUUUAGUGGACUGGUGGUGAAAUACCAAGAGAAGUAUUG